AUGGGCAUCGGCAAGUACUUUGUCACUCGUUUUACUACUCUCGUACCACCACUGAUUAUACCUGAAAACCCAAUCAAGCUUCUUGCGACGCUAAAUCGUCAACAAACUGCAUUUUUUCUUGUCGCUUUUUUCGCAUGGACAAUGGAUGCUCUCGAUUUUUUCUCAGUUACGCUCAAUGUCAUCGAAAUUGCUAAAACAUUUGAUAGAAAAGUGUCAGAAAUCACCUGGGGUAUUACUGUAACACUAAUGCUUCGCUCUAUUGGUGCAAUUAUCUUUGGCAUUGCGGGUGAUCGAUUUGGUCGUAAAUGGCCAUUUAUUGUCAAUAUUAUUUUUUAUGCCACAAUCGAAAUUGCCACAGGUUUUUGUGCAACAUUCACACAGUUUAUCGGUCUUCGAGCUAUUUUCGGUAUUGCUAUGGGUGGUAUUUAUGGCAAUUGUGCUGCCACGGCCCUUGAAGACGCUCCAGUCGCUACACGUGGUCUCCUUUCAGGCCUACUUCAGCAGGGCUACGCACUUGGCUAUUUACUUGCUGCGGCUUUCAAUCUGGCGAUCACAAAAAACCAACCUUAUGGUUGGCGAGCACUAUUCUGGUUAGCAGGUUUUCUUCCAUUAUUAGCUGCUGCUUGGCGCAGUUUCUUACCUGAAACACAAGCGUUCCUUCGCAUGAAACAAAUGCGUAAAGCUCACCGAGUCACAAAUGGAACUCAUCAGGAAGUUUCUACAGUUGCAGCAUUCAUCAAAUCGAUUCGCCCAGCACUUGUCAAUCACUGGGCGACACUCAUCUAUCUUGUCUUGAUGAUGGCCGGAUUUAAUUUUCUGGCUCAUGGUUCUCAAGAUCUAUAUCCAACAUUUCUUGCUUCUCAACUCCGAUUCUCACCUGGUUACAUCACGGCCAUUACAAUGAUCUCAAGUUGUGGAUCUCUCGUUGGGGGAACACUAAUUGGAUACUUUUCGAGUUUCUUCGGUCGACGAUUAUCCAUUAUUGUUGUUCUAAUUGCUGGUGCUGCUCUCAUUCCAGCUUAUCUUCUUCCACGAGAUAAAACCAUCAUGAUAGGUGCAUUCUUCGAACAAAUGUGCGUACAAGGUGCUUGGGGCGUCGUACCUAUACAUCUUAUGGAACUCACACCAUUACAAAUUCGUGCAUUUGCAGUCGGUACUUCCUAUCAAUUAGGUAAUCUAAUCUCUUCAGCGUCGGCAACUAUCGAGGCUACGGCUGGGCAAUAUUUUCCUUUGCCUACGUCGGACAAAUCAAGCGACAAACAUCAAUAUGAUUAUGGAAAAGUAAUGGCUAUUUUCUUAGCUUUUACUUAUGCAUUUUUGUUCAUAAUCAUUUUACUCGGACCUGAAAAAAGAAAUACGGACGAAGUUGAAAAGACUGAUGACAAACAUAGCGUAGAACCCCAUGAAACACAACUCAAAUUACUAUCACCAUCCGAAUCAACAGAAGCAAAAGUGAAGGAAUAA